AUGGGCAGGACUUGCCGGAGCCUAAGUUGGACGGCGUGCUGGUGUGGGGCCUGCGCAUCCACAGGGAUGGCCCCAAUGCCAGACAAGCUGCAUAGGGAUUUUCAUAACGUUUUCGUAUUUGGGAUUCUGACCCUGGUCGUGGCCUGGGUCGCGAAGGUUGUGUAUCAACUGACUCGGGCCGUCGAGUUGAAUGUCCGCCUGUCACGAGCACGCUCCUUGCAGCUGGAAGCCAUGAGCAUCUACGUACAUGACUUCCAGAUGCUCAUCCGUCAGCAUUUCAACCAAAUACUCCGCUUACGGAGGACGGUUCCACCAAAACCAGUGGUCCGACACGAGCUCACCACGCACGUACAUCCGGAGUCGAUUAGCUGCCUGUGGGUGGGAGAAGAAGACUCUGGAGGUGGACCGAUGGGCUUUGGCGUUGAGUUCGACAUAGAUGCUUCGGCCCCCUGCUGUGUGAGGCUCUACUGGGGCUUGAGCGUACAGGCCUGCAAUGAAUUUGUACAGCGCAGUCAGGCACCCGAGCAGAGCAGGCGGCAUGCAAGCACAGGCAGCACAGGCAGCACGUUCCGAAGCCUGAGGGGCCGAUGGACAGGGCGGACAGCCUGCGCCAAUCCAGAGACGACGAGGUCACUUCUGGAGAUGGAGGAGCUUGGGGGUGCUGCUCCAGGCGCUGCUGAAAGUGCUGCAAGCAAUUGGCCGGCUCAGUAUGCCCAGUCUGCCACCACAGAAGCAAAUGAGGAACCUCCAUUUUCUUCCAGCAGCUGUUUUGCACAGUCACGGGAUUUCUUCUUGCCGGCCGGUUGUGGGCAGCGCUAUGUGACACCAGCUGGCGACUUGAUUCACCCGGGCGUACUGAAGUUUGACAUGAGUGCAUCUUGGCUUCGGCAGGGCCAGGCGGGCCAGUCGGGCCAGGCACCGGACCAGCCAGUCAUCCCCCUAGCCAUUGUCGUGCUUUCAUCUGGGCCAUCGGUGCGAUCUGCAAACGCAGGGAAUGCGGCCCAAGGUCGUUCCGUGUCGGAAACCAAAGGUCAAAUAUCUUUGGUCAAGUUUCACACUAGGGCACAAAACAAAGGCAACUCGCCUUACCACACAGCGGAGAUCAUCAGGCAGUUUUGCUUCUGCGAGUCGAACAUCGCCUUCGAUGUGCAAGGAAUCUAUGGCUUUGAAGAUGCUGGAGAAAGCGACUGCAUGAUCUGCUACGCCCGGCCUAAGAAUGUCGUUUUGCUUCCAUGCCGCCACUGCUCAGUUUGCCACUCCUGUUUGCGUUCCUUACGCGACGAGAAGUGCCCAUUGUGCAGGAGUUCUUUCUCCAGUUACAUGACCUGUCCCGUUUCACGAAGCCCUCAAACCCAAACUCGGGAGAGAGGCCCGACGGGUGCACAGACUCCUCAGGGCCCUCACAAUGACUCUUGGUCACGGAGAAGCUUGAGGCUCGACGAGGACUCCUUGGCGCCGCUCGCGCCCGAAGGGCCCACCGAACCGUGA